AUGCCUCUCCCAUCGGCAGAACACCACCAUAUGGUCUUUCUCCAAGGAGAUGUCCUACAAAUUCCUCAAUUCGACCUCCCCGCACCGCUCACAUAUUCUCAGACGGUGUAUAAUUGGACCACGGCCGCCCAGGUCCCAGAACGUAUUCGCGAUGCCUCCAUAAUUGCUUUGUCUGCCGUCCGAAUUGAUGCCCAUGCGCUGUCUCCGGAGGUUAGCCCGCAUCUCAAGCUCAUUGUCAUGGUGGCCACGGGUUACGACUGUAUCGAUCUCGAGGCAUGUAGGAAAAGAGGAAUCGUGGUCAGCAACUGCCCUAAUUCGAAUAUCGAGGCUGUAUCCGAGCACGCGAUAGGGAUGUACUUUGCCGCUAGGCGAAAACUACUGGACAUGCAUGUGGCAACGAGAGCGGGAAAGUGGAGGCAGAAGGGGCUCCUGAUGCUAGAUUAUGUCGAUAAGGAUGGAACACCUCCUUUAACUUGUCAAGAUGAGGUCGCUGGAAUAAUUGGGAAUGGAAGCGUCGGAAAGAGAAUCGCUAUGCUGGCAAGUAAUCUGGGCAUGAAGGUAAUAAUCUCCGACCGCAAGUCGUCCACUGCAACAGACUCCUCGAGAGAACCUUUUGAGUCUGUCAUCAAGCAGAGCACUGUGCUUUUCGUUGCCGUACCUCUCUUGGAUUCUACUCGGAAUUUUAUCUCGACGCCAGAAUUCGAAUCCAUGUCUCCGCAUGCAGUUCUGGUCAAUGUUUCGCGAGGUGGCACAGUGGAUGAGGAAGCCCUUGUAAAGGCACUCCGAGAGGGCAAGAUUUCCGGUGCAGCCACAGACGUAUUCAGAGAGGAACCCGCAGGUCCCGAAAAUUCACCUUUGGUGGCGGAGGACGCGAAAGACCUCAAUAUAAUUGCAACACCCCACUUGGCUUGGCUAUCCCAGAGGACAGCGGUCAAUUAUGCGACAAAGCUCAAGUUAGCGAUUGAUGGAUGGUGUCGAGGACAACCUGUGAACGUUGUGUCAUGA